AGAACUAUCUUUUCGUUUCGUCAUUUCUUACAAUAACCAUUCGAUUCAACAAAUGGAGGGUAAGGGCUAUGAUUGGUCAGGCGAAAGAUCAAUUAUCAUAUAACUAACAAAUGCUGGAGUUAAAAAUCCAAACUAGGUUUCGACAUAAAAAGCAACUACGGCCCAGUGUGGAACAAACCAGAUCUUUUGACCUGGCAUCAACUUGAGAUGUUGAUGACUGCUCUUUUAAGCUUGAUUUUUUGCCAAGCUCCGAUUGUAGUUCAGGCUAAAUCGGUCGAGGUGUCGGCCCACUGGCCCAGGGACACUUACGAUUAUAACUUGUUUCUGAGCAUUGAGGGACGCGACUGUUUGAAACGCGUUAAACAGUUUACACUGUUUACCUUGGACACAUCUUUCACACCAGAACAGGAAAGAGAAGUUCUACUAGAUAUAUAUGCUUCAACAAAUGGACAAGAGUGGUACGACAGACGCGGUUGGAUUAGUUCAACCAAUGACACAUCCCAUUGUUCCUGGUAUGGAAUCACCUGUCACGGAAAUACGGGGCACAUUAAAACUAUCGUCUUGGCUUACAACAACCUAAACGGUUUCCUUCCGUCUAACAUAUGGAAAAUCCGAAACUUAUUUUCUCUCUGCACACCAGGGAACCCUUCUCUUCGAGGACGCAUUGGCGACUUUCUGUUUGCUAAUAUGACCAAUCUGUUGACCGUUGUGUUCAAUGCCGCUUCUAUUACUGGGAAUAUUCCUGACGAGAUUGUAAAAAUGAAAAAUCUGCGAAACUUCCUGGGCUGCGUUAUGAACGGUGAUGGCUUCACUGGUCACUUACCACAGGAUAUUGGAAACAUGACUGAAUUACGAGUGCUUUGUCUUGGAGGAAACAAUCUAACUGGCCAAAUACCAAAGAGUAUUUCUAGGUUGAAAAAGCUGUGGUAUUUGGACCUUCGAGUGACUCCUGGCCAGAUCCAUGGAGACCUCAGCGACAUAUUCGCAAUACCCUCUAUAACAGAUUUGUUUAUAUCUGGAGUUAAACUAGCCGGAAAGUUGCCUCGUGUAUUGCCGGAAAGACUAAACUACCUAGUUUUACCUGGAAACAACAUUUCUGGGGAAAUGCCAAAGAAAAAUUUUCCAAGUAUAUUAAAUCUUGCCAAUAAUCAACUAACAGGGGAUAUUCCAGGCGAUGUGCUGCUGGAGAAAGCCGACAUGAUCAAUUUGUCACAAAACGAGUUUGUAUCAAUCAACGAAGGAAAACCAUGGCCAGAUACAGCUCGUGCUAAUAUUGGGUCUUACAUCUCUCUGGCAGGGAAUCGAAAAUUGGCAAUUAAUUUUACAAGCUUCGUCGAACUUUUUACAAGGAAAGUAGACUUUGUUGAUAGUCCCUCAAUUCUAAAUCUAAGCUUUUGCGACAUAACAAGUCCUGUACUCGCAAACGUGCUGUACAUGAAAAAAGUUUCCACAUGUGAUUUAAGUGGUAACAAUUUUUAUGGUACUUUACCUGUUUUUUUUGAAGAUUUUUCGUUUUUGACGUACUUCGACGUCUCCUCGAAUAACUUGACAGGUAGCCUGCCAGCAGGAAUUCAAAACAUGGUUUCUCUCCAAUAUCUAGACAUAUCUGGAAAUCCCUCUAUGCGAGAUGGGACAGGCGCUUCGUCCAACGUCUUUAAUCCUGACUUUUCGACUAUGAUCAAACCAUUUCAACCAGACAACUUUACCUGCCCUGAAGGACUACUCACUUUCAACAAUGGUCGCAUUCGCUUAGAUCCAACAUUUUAUGAAUACAAAUAUUGCGUCUGCGAUGAAGGUUUUUACGGAGACAAUGGUUUGUGCAAGGAAUGUAUGAAUGGUGCGACUUGUCAUCGACGUGCCAUCAAUGCAGCCGACGAUCUGCGUUCAAACAUCAUGGAGGUAUCGGGUGGCUACUGGCCAUCACCAGGUCCCAGCAAUGCCACCCACCUGGUCAAAUGCCCAGUACCGUCUGCAUGCAACCCUACAGACUCCUGUGCUUGUCGACUGGUCACAUCACCGAAGGACACAGAUUCCUCCUCUGGAAGCCGUCAAUCACUGUCAUCUCUGAUCACGACGUGCAAUCAUUCUUGCGUUUGCCAUCCAGGGAACACGGACAGAUUUUGCUCUCGCUGUCAAGAAGGAUUUUACAAACUAGGUGGACUGUGCUUUAGAUGCAAAAAGGGCGAUUUAACUUACUAUUACGUGUUUAUUCCUAUCUUUGCUUUGUCCUUUCUCACUCUGCUCUGGUCGUACUUUCAUUUUUAUCUUCGACCAAUCAAAUGGUUCCUUGUUACUGCGGUUCAUUUUCUACUCAUGCUAAUCAUGAUGCUUUUGGAGUUAUUACCUGCGUGGCUUUUCAAACUAAACCUGGUCGUUUUCGUGUUAUGUAUUAGUAAGAGAGGGAAGGCUGCUCGCUCUCUAAUCAGCAUAACGGUCUUUUACAUCCAAACCAUGGAUUUCAUGGUAUCCAGUGUCAACGUGUGGCCUAAAAGGGUUAUUAAGGCUCAAAGCUACCUGAGCAGCUAUUGGAAUCUGUACUUUCCCUCUCUUUCAUGUGACCUGCCCUCUCUUUUUACUCCAGUAGGAAAGUUUGCAUUUCUUCUCCUACUUCCCGUGGUGUGCUUGACCAUGGUGGGUGUGUAUUUCACCAUGAUGCUGAUUUACAACAGAUUUCGUCCCGCUGAAAGGAGAAUGCAACUUGUUCAUUUUAAGUGUCGCCAAAUCGCCUUCUUUUGUCUCAGCUUCAGCUACUUUCCAAUCGUGAAGCAGACCCUCUCCAUUCUACGCCCAUGUCACAGUGAUCAGGAUGUUCGAUACAUGCCCAACUUUCCUUGGAUAGAAUGCACUUCGCACAUGCACAACAAACUGAAAGCCCUUGGCGUUUUCUCCGUUGUGUUCUACGUGACUGGGUUUCCCUUGAUUAUCACUUUUCUGAUGAUUCGUUUCUUUCCAAAAAGAAGCUCGAUGACUCCUGAAGAACAGAAGAAACUUGACGUGUGGCUUGGACCGGUCUAUUUGUCGUACAAACCAAAGUAUCGUCAGUACUACGAGAUCCUCAUGCUUUUCCGCCGCCUGGUCCUUGCCAUUGGCUUGUCGAUGAUUUCUUCGUCGUCCACCUUGCAAACAUUUGUAGUGUGGCUCGUUCUGUUGACGUCAGCAAUCAUCCACUUGUGCCUCCAGCCAUAUGACGAAAAAGGCUCCAUAAACAGAUGCGAUCCGAGCGAGCACGAGACCAACAAAAAAAUUAUCUUGGAACGCAUUUUCCGUGAGAAUGUUUUUGAACCCUUGGUUUUACUCGUGUUGUCCAUGUCUUUUAUGGUGUUGAGGUUUUCAGCACUGGACAGCACCUAUGCUAACAUUUUCGUUUGGCUGGUGAUGGUCAUAAAUACAUGUGUUCUUGUGACUUUGCUAGCUGGUAUAGUUUAUCGUUUUCUUGGCAAAAAUGAAGGCCGCGGAAAUGGUAGUAACAAUAACAGUGGUGAAAAUUCUGAUCAAAGUUGCCCGAAUGCGAUGGAAUCUGACGACGGCAGCGAUGAGGAAAGAGAGCAUUUGCUACCUGUCAACGGCCGCCUUUGGAGAUACGUUAACACAGGUGUUGUUGAGUAGCAACUGAGGUAGCCGUGUCUUUUUACCGACGUCAAUCUUUAGAAAAGACCUAAAUUCGUUUUUGGUGACAUUACAAUUUUUUGAAGCACAUUUAAUGCAGCUGAGCAAGGAAAAGAUACUCCUUUGUUGCCAUUGACAUGCGUUUAGUAUUUUAGACCACUUGGGUGAAUCAAGAACUUAUCAUUUAACGAAAAUACACAACCUUUUUGAUUUUAAAAAACAUGUUUUGACAGUUCUUCUGUAAUCUUCAGUUCUAAUUUACACAAAGUACAAAGUUGAAUUUAAAGUGCACACAGAAUGCUAAUGGGACAUAACGACAAAAGGAAACAUGAAAAUGUAUACAGUUACAAAGAAAGUUUGAAAUUUACAAGAUAAAGUUAAUGAUUUAAUGUAGGUUGCUCCCAUUGAAUACGAAUAGCUUCUUUGAUCUUACUUUAGAAGUUGGUUGAAGUGUGACCUAAGAUGCUAAAAUAAUCAUUAGCACAUAAAAUGCGGCAUUACUGAGAAUUUUGUACAAAAUGUCUAAAGAUGUGAGAGGUCCCAUCACUGACCAGGUGCUCACGCACGCGUGAGGUGGAAAAAUGCCGAAAGGUUUCGCCGAUAUAGCAGUCAUUACAGCUCGCGUACAAAGACUUGUAAACCACACGUGCACGGAGCCCGCGAGGGAUAGGGUCUUUUACACCAAACAUAUUACCGAUUUUAAAAGAUGAAAAAACUAACUUAAUAUCCAGACGACGAUCGAAUAGUAUCCCAUGAUGCAUCUGGUUUAGGCUUAUAUUAUCACUGCGUACGUGACGUCAUCAUUUAUUCCACGCUUUCGCGAUGAAGCCAUGGCGUGCUUUCACACUUGUCUGGAUUCCGUGGCUUCUGCUUUUAAGAGUACCGAGUUAGUUUAUAUUCACUGCGUUUC